UGAAUGCAAUGCUUGCAAGCAGACACUAUCCCACACCUGCAACGUUUUAUGUUUGGUUGAUGGGCUGAUAAAAGGAGGCUGCAAGAUACUCUUCGUCCUGGUUUUAGCUCUUGCCAUUACUUUUGUCUCGGCUGCUCGUCUUCUUAAUGAAGAAGAAGAUCUUGGAUUAGUCCCCAUGCCUACCAUAAGUCCUGGUCCGUUACCAACUGCUGGUUCAGGCUCCUUCGCCAGUGCUAGUUCAGGAGGACCUGCAACUGGUAUCACUUCAGGUACUGGUCUAGCCUCAGGUGGUUCCUUGACUACUUUAACUGGCUCCGGACCUCUACCAACCACUGGUUCUGGUUCUUUACCGGUUGCUAGUUCAGGUCCCUUGCCCACUACUGGCACUGGUUCUCUACCAACCACCGGUUCUGGUCCUUUUCCGGUUGCUAGUUCUGGUCCUUUGCCUGGUGCUGGUUCAGGGCCUUUGCCGGCUGUUGGUUCAGGUGCCACAGCCACGGGUGCAGGUUCAGCGACCGGUGGUUCAGUUCCCGACCUCGACCACUCCUUGGUUUUCUUUAUGCACGAUAUACUCGGUGGCUCAAAUCCGACAGCCAGAGCUGUGACUGGAGUCGUUGCAAACCCAGCUCUCAGUGGCCAACUUCCAUUUGCCAAGCCCAAUGGCGCAAACCUCCCUGUCAACAACGGCGUUCCAUCGAACAACAACAACAACGGAAUCCUCAACAACAACAACGUCCCUCUCCUCGUCGGGCUGGGCGGAACCACUUCCAGCAUUCUACAGAACGACGGUAACAACCUCUUGAACAGUCUCCCCGUGGCCACCGGUGGUCAGCUCCCAUCGGGUUCGUCUCUCCAGAUGCUCAUGUUUGAAACAAUGACGGUGAUGGACAACGAGCUAACCGAAGGGCAUGAACUCGGGUCAGGUCUGCUUGGUAAAGCACAGGGCUUCUACGUGGCCAGCGCCGUUGAUGGAACCAGCCAGACAAUGGCUUUUACGGCAAUGUUUGAGAGUGGUGGUUAUGAAGAUAGCAUAAGUUUCUUCGGUGUACACAGAACGGCUGCACCAGUUCACAGAUGGGUUAGAGACAGUUCUGGAGUGUACCGUUUAUCUUUCUUACUAGUUUUAUGUUCUUUCUUGUCCUCUAUUACUAAAGUUUGUUGUUCUCUUUCAUAG